UCAAGAAAGUGGACGAUGGUGAUUCCUCCUCCAGUUAGGCCAGCAAGAGUAACCCAAUAUCUGAAGCCAUAUGUGUUGAAGAUGCACUUCACAAACAAGUACGUGAGUGCUCAGGUGGUCCACUCGGAAACGGCCACGGUUGCUUCUGCUGCGAGCUCGCAGGAGAAGGCGCUGAGGGCGAGUAUGGAGUCGACUAGGGAUGUGGCUGCUGCUGCAAAGAUUGGGAAGUUGUUGGGGGAGAGGCUUUUGCUUAAGGGAAUCCCAGCUGUUUGUGUCCACUUGAAAAGAGAACAGAAAUAUCAUGGUAAGGUCAAAGCUGUUGUUGAUUCUGUUAGGGAAGCAGGUAUUAAGCUCCUUUGAAUUCAAUCUCUGCUGCAUUUGGCUUCGCCCUCCUUCUGAUUAAAAUCACUGCUCAAUAUUAUCUGUUUUGAUGCAUUAUUGGACUUUUUGUCCUUGUCUCGAGUUUCAAAUCAUUGAUCGGCCGGAGUAGUGCUUUUAGGUGAAACAUUUCUUUUACGAGCACUUUUAGAAAAUAAACACAAAUGAAGAGGUAGUUCAUCUAAACGUAAUUUCAAGUGUUGGAAUUCUUUAAAUCAUCUUUCUACUAGGGGCGUUGUGUUUGGCUUUUGACCAGAUCAAUAACCAAAGUAUAGCAAAGGAAUUAAAUUGUGAGGGUUCAUGUAUUAUGUAUAUAAAUUCUUUUUGUUUUUUGACAAUUGUGUGUUUGGACUAACUUUCUGCACUUCGACUAAUAGGGACAAUAAUAUGACUCUACUGCA